UCUUUUUGCCCUUUUUCUCUGAUAAAUGAUGACCUUUUCUUUUAGGAAAUUUUUUCUGAAACAGCUUUUCGUAUAAGAAAUUAAAUGAUGAUUUUUUAAACCUCACAAUAAAAAGAUUAACAAACGAAAAGUGUUGCAAACCCCACAAAAGAAGAAAAGUCUGACUUUGGCGGCCUUCUCUCUCUAGGGUUUUUGAGAGCUUAAUUUCUCUCUCUUUAGCAAAUCUUUGGACCGAAAUACUUCGCAGGAACUCGUCGCCGGCAGCUCGUGAGGAGUUAGAGACAUGGAAAACGGAGGCUACGAAGUACCUGAAAACGCCAAUGAAGAUUGCCCAGGAACGGAGUCGGAAUCGGCUGGCAAAUCCGAAGCUUGCGCGGGAUGCCCUAAUCAGGAAGCUUGUGCUACUGCUCCCAAAGGACCCGAUCCAGACUUGGUCACUAUCGUUGAAAGAAUGGCAACAGUUAAACACAAAAUACUAGUAUUGUCUGGAAAGGGUGGUGUUGGGAAGAGUACAGUUUCAGCUCAAUUAUCUUUUGCCCUGGCAGCUAUGGAUUUCCAGGUGGGCCUUCUUGAUAUUGAUAUAUGUGGUCCAAGCAUCCCAAAGAUGCUCGGGCUUGAGGGACAAGAGAUCCACCAAAGCAACCUUGGAUGGUCCCCCGUUUAUGUCGAGUCCAACCUUGGAGUCAUGUCAAUUGGAUUCAUGCUUCCCAACCCUGAUGAUGCUGUAAUAUGGAGAGGUCCUCGAAAGAAUGGAAUCAUCAAGCAAUUUCUGAAGGAUGUCUACUGGGGGGAUCUGGAUUUUCUUGUAGUUGAUGCACCACCUGGGACCUCAGACGAGCAUAUUUCUAUCGUUCAGUUUCUCCAAGCAACUGGAAUAGAUGGAGCCAUAAUAGUUACUACUCCUCAGCAGGUGUCUCUUAUUGAUGUAAGGAAAGAAGUGAGUUUCUGUAAGAAGGUUGGGUUGCAGGUUCUUGGAGUUGUCGAGAACAUGAGUGGUCUAUGCCAACCCAUGUCAGAUCUCAAAUUCCUAAAUAUAACCGAAACUGGUGAACAAAAAGACAUGACGGAGUGGGUUCUUCAAUACAUGAGAGAGAAAGUCCCAGAAAUGCUAAAUUUGGUUGCUUUUAGUGAAGUGUUUGAUACUAGUGCUGGUGGUGGUGCUAAAAUGUGUAUGGAUAUGGGUGUUCCUUUCCUCGGGAAAGUUCCUCUAGAUCCUCAGCUAUGUAAAGCCGCCGAAGAAGGAAGAUCUUGCUUUGAUGAUGGUAAAUGCAGCGUAAGUGCCCCUGCGUUGAAAACCAUCAUAGAGAAGUUGUUGUCAGAACUAAAGGUAUCGAGACCGGAAAUAAUGGAGGGUGGAGCUUAAUUGUAUUACACAUUUGUUUAAAUAUGCCAUACUCUGCUCACCUUGAUUCUGAUUUCUAUUUAAAGCUAUCGUUCACAACACAUCUCCACACCUCCAUAUUUUUGUGUUGAGGCGUCUCAGUUUUACAGAUUGAUUACUAGGCUUAGUUGAGUGAUGAUUAUUUAUGAAACUGUUGCAUUUCAGCACGGUAUUAUGAUGUUAAUGUAUAGUAUUAUGUUGUUUGAGUAGUAAUAUUUGAGGCCUAUCAUAUCUAUAUAUUUGUCGUCUUGUUUC